UUGUUUCUCUGUGAAACAAAAUCUGUGAGAGAAGAAGCUCAGAGAAAGAUAAAGUUUUUCACCAUAGCCAAACAAACCCUAAUUUCUCUCAUCUUCUUCAGCAUCUUCUCUUUUUUGACUCCAAGAACUUAGCUUUUUUUCUUUUGUCCAAUUUCACUUUUUGCCAAUUUAUUAAUUUUAUUAUCGUUUUCACACUUCAUUUCCAUGCUCAUCAGCUCAAAAUUCAGCUGAAAACCCUAGUGGUCUAGACUCACUGGGAGAAAAAAAAAUCCCAUUUCAAAAUGGCCCAUUUCUGCUGAAUUGCGCAUCAUGCUGUUGCGAUAUCUGGAUUUUGAGCUAUAGGAGGGGAGAGAGCUGGGCUAUGGAAGGUGAUGAGCAUCGCCUGCUUUUGGCGUGUGUGAUUUCGGGGACCAUUUUCUCUUUUUUGGGUUCGGCUUCGUUUUCUAUAUUAUGGGCAGUGAAUUGGAGACCAUGGAGGAUUUACAGUUGGAUCUUUGCCAGAAAAUGGCCGAACAUCUUGCAAGGACCACAGUUAAAUAUAUUAUGCGGUUUCCUGUCUCUCUCCGCAUGGACAGUUGUUAUUUCUCCGAUUGUGGUUCUUAUCAUAUGGGGAAGCUGGCUGAUUAUAAUAUUGGGUCGAGAUAUAAUCGGUCUGGCUGUAAUAAUGGCUGGAACUGCUCUAUUGUUGGCUUUUUAUUCAAUUAUGCUUUGGUGGAGAACACAAUGGCAAAGCUCAAGAGCUGUUGCUGUUCUUUUACUUCUAGCUGUUGCUCUUCUUUGUGCGUACGAACUUUGUGCUGUGUAUGUUACAGCUGGUUCAAAGGCAUCUCAGCAGUAUUCGCCUUCUGGUUUCUUCUUUGGUGUAUCAGCAAUUGCCUUAGCAAUUAACAUGCUCUUUAUAUGUAGAAUGGUGUUUAAUGGAAACGGCUUAGAUGUGGAUGAGUAUGUACGGAAGGCAUACAAAUUUGCCUAUUCCGAUUGUAUAGAAGUGGGUCCUGUGGCUUGUUUACCAGAACCACCAGACCCUAAUGAGCUUUAUACUCGACAAUCUAGCAGGGCUUCACAUCUUGGGCUGCUAUACCUUGGCUCACUUGUAGUACUUCUGGUAUAUUCCAUCUUAUAUGGUCUGACUGCGAAGGAAGCACGUUGGCUUGGUGCUACCACAUCAGCUGCUGUUAUUAUUCUUGAUUGGAACAUGGGAGCAUGCUUGUAUGGUUUCCAGCUUCUUCAAAGUCGUGUUGUGGCGCUAUUUGUUGCUGGCACUUCACGUGUUUUUCUCAUUUGCUUUGGAGUCCAUUACUGGUACUUGGGGCAUUGCAUUAGCUACGCAGUUGUAGCUUCUGUGCUAUUGGGGGCUGCUGUUUCUCGUCAUUUUUCAGUUUCAAACCCAUUAGCUGCAAGGAGAGAUGCCUUACAGAGCACUGUUAUUCGCCUUCGAGAGGGGUUUCGUAGGAAGGAACAGAACAGUUCAUCAAGCUCAUCUGAAGGUUGUGGCUCUAGCAUGAAACGCAGUAGUAGUGUCGAAGCUGGUCCUCUUGGUAAUGUUAUUGAAGCUAGCAACAGGACUACAACACAAGAUGCUAACAACUGGAAUGUUCUAUGUCGAACUGCAAGUUCCCGUGAAGGCAUUAAUAGCGAUAAGAGCAUAGAUAGUGGAAGGCCAAGUUUAGCAUUGCGUAGCAGUUCUUGCCGUUCGGUAAUUCAAGAAGCAGAAGUAGGAACAUAUUCUGCUGAAAAAAACUUUGAUCACAAUAAUUCCUUGGUGGUUUGUUCCAGCAGUGGUCUUGAAAGCCAAGGCUGUGAAUCUAGCACUUCUAAUUCCGCAAACCAACAAACAUUAGAUUUAAAUUUAGCUAUGGCUUUGCAAGAAAGGUUGAAUGACCCUAGGAUCACAUCUAUGUUGAAGCGAAGAGCAAGACAAGGUGAUCGUGAACUGGCUAACCUACUGCAGGAUAAGGGUUUGGAUCCUAACUUUGUUAUGAUGUUGAAGGAGAAGAGCUUGGAUCCAACUAUUCUUGCUUUACUUCAGAGGAGUAGUUUGGACGCUGAUAGAGAUCAUCGUGACAAUACUGACAUUACAAUCGUUGACUCCAAUAGUGUUGAGAAUGCAUUACCAAAUCAAAUUUCUCUGUCAGAAGAGCUGAGGCUUCAUGGGCUUGAAAAAUGGCUUCAGUUAUCCAGGCUUGUUUUGCACCAUGUAGCAGGAACUCCAGAGCGAGCAUGGGUUCUGUUUAGUUUUGUGUUUGUCCUAGAAACGGUAUUUGUGGCAAUUUUCCGCCCAAAGAUGAUCCAAAUAAUAAGUGCCACCCACCAACAGUUUGAAUUUGGGAUUGCAGUGCUACUGCUGUCUCUCGUUGUUUGUUCAAUAAUGGCUUUUCUACGUUCACUUCAAGCUGAAGAAAUGGCUAUGACCUCGAAAUCCCGCAAGUAUGGCUUUCUUGCUUGGCUGCUUAGCACCUGUGUUGGAUUGCUGCUUUCGUUUUUGAGCAAAUCAUCAGUUCUUCUUGGAUUAUCUUUGACUGUUCCUCUCAUGGUGGCAUGCCUUUCUGUUGCUUUUCCUAUAUGGAUCCAUAAUGGCUACCAGCUCUGGUUUCCCCGAUUACGAUGGGCCAAUCCUGAAGGAAACCCUCAAUCCCCUGGAACAAAAGAGGGUAUUGUUCUUUUUGUGUGUAUGGUGCUGUUCACUGGAUCUGUAUUUGCUCUUGGUGGAAUUGUCUCAGCAAAGCCUUUAGAUGAUUUGUCAUACAAGGGAUUGACUGGUGAGCAGAAAGGCUUUAGCUCUCCGUAUGCAUCAUCUAUUUAUAUUGGCUGGGCUAUGGCUUCCGCAGUUGCUUUGGUGGUUACCGGUGUACUGCCAAUUGUUUCGUGGUUUGCAACAUACAGAUUUUCCUUGUCUUCUGCAGUGUGUGUUGGAAUAUUCACAGUUGUACUUGUGGCAUUUUCUGGUGUAUCCUAUUUGGAGGUUAUAAAGUCUAGAUAUGAUGAAGUUCCAACAAAGGUUGAUUUCCUUGCUGCUUUGCUUCCUUUGAUCUGCAUUCCAGCUCUACUGUCUCUUUCUUGUGGAUUUUACAAAUGGAAAGAUGAUAAUUGGAGACUCUCUCGAGUGGUAUAUAUAUUUGUUACUCUUGGUCUUCUUCUUCUACUUGGUGCAAUAUCGGCUGUUACAGUAGUAGUUAAACCUUGGACGAUUGGUGUGGCAUUUCUUUUGGUUCUUCUGAUGAUUGUUCUAGCAAUUAGUGCUAUCCACCAUUGGGCAUCAAACAAUUUCUAUUUGACAAGGACUCAGACAUUCUUUGUUUGUUUCCUUGCUUUCCUUUUGGCUCUGGCAGCACUCAUUGUCGGAUGGUUUGGAGAGAGACCAUUUGUGGGAGCGUCUGUUGGUUACUUUUCUUUCUUGUUUCUUCUUGCUGGGAGAGCAUUGACUGUUCUUCUUUCACCACCUAUUGUAGUUUACUCUCCCCGAGUUCUCCCUGUAUAUGUUUAUGAUUCUCAUGCAGAUUGCGGAAAGAAUGUCAGUGUUGCAUUUCUGAUGCUCUAUGGGAUUGCAUUGGCAACCGAAGGCUGGGGUGUUGUUGCCAGUUUGAAAAUUUAUCCUCCAUUUGCUGGUGCUGCGGUAUCAGCAGUUACCCUUGUUGUUUCCUUUGGUUUUGCUGUUUCCCGUCCCUGCUUGACUCUCAAGAUGAUGGAAGAUGCCGUUCACUUUCUCAGCAAGGAAACUGUUAUUCAAGCUAUUGCUAGAUCUGCCACGAAGACCAGAAAUGCUUUAUCCGGAACAUAUUCAGCUCCCCAGAGGUCGGCUAGCUCAGCUGCUCUCCUAGUUGGUGACCCUACUAUUACGCGUGAUAGGGCAGGGAAUUUUGUUCUUCCCAGAGCUGAUGUCAUGAAAUUGAGGGAUCGGUUGAGAAACGAAGAAUUAGUUGCAGGGUCAUUCUUUUGCAAAAUGAGAUCUGGGAGGAGGUUCCGUUUUGAGCCCUUAAGUGAUGUGGAUCACAGAAGACAAAUGUGUGCUCAUGCACGAAUUUUGGCUUUGGAAGAAGCAAUUGAUACUGAAUGGGUGUAUAUGUGGGAUAAGUUUGGUGGCUAUUUGCUUCUUUUACUUGGUUUGACUGCAAAGGCAGAGCGAGUGCAGGAUGAGGUCCGCUUAAGACUUUUCCUUGAAAGCAUUGGGUCUUCUGACCUAAGUGCCAAGAAAAUAAAAAAAUGGAUGCCUGAGGACCGUAGGCAGUUUGAGAUUAUUCAAGAGAGUUACAUAAGAGAGAAAGAGAUGGAAGAGGAACUAUUAAUGCAAAGACGUGAAGAGGAGGGUAGAGGUAAAGAAAGACGAAAGGCUCUCUUGGAGAAGGAAGAACGUAAAUGGAAGGAGAUAGAAGCUUCUCUCAUAUCCUCUAUUCCUAAUGCUGGAAGCAGGGAAGCAGCAGCCAUGGCAGCUGCUGUUCGUGCUGUAGGAGGUGAUUCUGUUCUUGAUGAUUCUUUUGCUCGAGAGAGAGUUUCUAGCAUUGCUCGCAGGAUACGUUCAACUCAGUUAGCUCGUCGAGCCCUUCAGACGGGUAUUGCGGAUGCUGUUUGUGUUCUUGAUGAUGAACCAACUAUAAGUGGGAGACAUUACGGUCCGAUUGAUCCCAGCAUAUGUCAAACUAAAAAAGUUAGUUUUUCAAUUGCUGUGAUGAUUCAACCCGAGUCUGGACCUGUUUGCCUUCUAGGCACUGAAUUUCAGCAGAAAAUUUGUUGGGAAAUCUUGGUGGCUGGUUCUGAGCAAGGUAUUGAAGCUGGACAAGUUGGGCUUCGAUUGAUCACCAAAGGUGAUAGACAAACCACAGUUGCUAAGGAAUGGAGCAUUAGUGCAACAAGUAUUGCGGAUGGAAGGUGGCAUAUGGUAACAAUGACAAUUGAUGCAGAUUCAGGGGAGGCGACUUGCUAUUUAGAUGGCGGUUUCGAUGGCUACCAAACUGCUUUACCAUUACAUGUUGGUGAUAGUAUUUGGGAACAAGGGACAGAAGUUUGGAUUGGUGUCAGACCACCUAUCGAUAUGGAUGCAUUUGGUAGGUCAGAUAGUGAAGGAGCCGAGUCUAAGAUGCAUAUAAUGGAUGUGUUCUUAUGGGGAAGGUGUUUAACAGAAGACGAGAUUGCUGCUCUUCAUGGUGCCAUAGGUUCAGAUGAAUACAGUAUGGCUGAUUAUCCAGAAGAUAAUUGGCAGUGGGCCGAUUCUCCGGUUCGGGUUGAUGACUGGGAUAGUGAUCCGGCCGAUGUAGACCUAUAUGACAGGGAUGAUGUUGAUUGGGAUGGACAAUAUUCAAGUGGGAGGAAACGGAGGUCUGAUCGUGAGUGUGUGAUGAUUGACAUGGUCCAUCCAGAUUCCUUUGCGAGAAGGUUUAGGAAGCCUAGAAUGGAAACACAAGAAGAGAUCAAUCAGCGCAUGCUUUCAGUUGAAUUGGCUGUCAAAGAGGCCCUUACUGCAAGAGGCGAAAGGCACUUUACUGAUCAGGAGUUCCCUCCAAGUGAUCAAUCAUUAUUUGUAGAUCCAGACAACCCCCCUCAAAAGUUACAGGUUGUUUCUGAUUGGAUGAGGCCUGCUGAUAUAGCAAAGGAGAGCCGGCUUGAUGCUCGGCCAUGCUUAUUUAAUGGGGUUGCCAAUCCUUCUGAUGUUUGUCAGGGUCGAUUGGGUGAUUGCUGGUUUCUGAGUGCUGUUGCUGUUUUAACAGAAGUUUCACGAAUAUCAGAAGUAAUUAUUACUCCAGAGUACAACGAUGAAGGGAUCUACACUGUUCGUUUCUGUAUUCAGGGCGAGUGGGUUCCUGUUGUUGUUGAUGAUUGGAUUCCAUGUGAAUCGCCGGGUAAGCCAGCAUUUGCCACUAGCAGGAAGGGAAACGAACUAUGGGUCUCCUUACUGGAGAAGGCGUAUGCGAAAUUGCAUGGCUCCUAUGAAGCUCUAGAAGGUGGGCUAGUUCAGGAUGCUCUUGUGGAUCUUACUGGGGGUGCUGGUGAGGAGAUUGACAUGAGGAGUGCACAGGCCCAAAUUGAUCUUGCCAGUGGUAGACUGUGGUCUCAAUUGUUGCGUUUCAAACAAGAAGGAUUUCUACUUGGUGCUGGUAGUCCAACAGGUUCGGACGUGCAUAUCUCAUCCAGUGGCAUUGUGCAAGGGCAUGCAUACUCUCUCCUCCAGGUAAAAGAGGUGGAUGGCCACAAGCUUAUUCAGAUACGAAAUCCAUGGGCAAAUGAAGUUGAAUGGAAUGGCCCUUGGUCUGACUCAUCACCAGAAUGGACUGAUAGGAUGAAGCAUAAGCUUAAGCAUGUUCCACAGUCAAAAGAUGGCAUAUUCUGGAUGUCUUGGCAAGAUUUUCAGAUUCACUUUAGAUCAAUAUAUGUCUGUCGAGUGUACCCACCAGAGAUGCGGUACUCCGUUCAUGGUCAAUGGCGAGGUUAUAGUGCAGGUGGCUGCCAGGAUUAUGAUACAUGGCAUCAAAAUCCACAGUUUCGUUUACGGGCUACUGGUGCAGAUGCUUCAUUUCCAAUUCAUGUUUUCAUUACGUUGACUCAGGGCGUGAGUUUCUCGAGGACAGUGGCCGGUUUCAGAAACUAUCAAUCCAGUCACGAUUCAAUGAUGUUUUACAUUGGAAUGAGGAUACUCAAAACGCGUGGUCGUCGGGCUGCUUAUAAUAUCUACUUACACGAAUCAGUUGGUGGCACAGAUUAUGUUAACUCUCGAGAAAUAUCUUGCGAAAUGGUAUUAGAGCCUGAUCCUAAAGGUUACACGAUAGUCCCUACUACUAUACAUCCUGGAGAAGAAGCACCAUUUGUUCUCUCUGUUUUCACCAAAGCAUCAGUAACUCUGGAACCCUUGUAGUUUAUAGAGCGGAUUGCUCUUCAGUUUUUCUUCUUUGUGCUGAGAGUACACUCUCGAACUUUGAAUUGCUUGGGCUGUUCAUGGACCAUAAACGCUCGGGGACCCGUUACAUUGGAUUGGCCACACUAGGGAAUGAAUGGUUAGACUUUUCGAAAAAGUCAGCAAAUUUUAUACACCUAAUGAUCAGGCUGUAUACUACCACAACGAUUCUCUCGAGCUGCAAGGAUUGGCAACAAUGACCGGUGAGUUUGCCACUCAUCUGCUGCUGAAACUCUAGGCAAACUACAACGGUACCAAACCGAACGAGCACAAAUGCCUUAAAUUUUAGGCAAAGUUGAUUUCAUCAAAUUCCAGAUUGUGAAAACUACAGGCUUCAUGGUUCUGUAUCUCUAGCUCGCUCAAUCAUGUCGACAUCAUCCUUUGCUUUCGCUGGACUAAGGAUCGGGUUCUUGGCGGCUUUGUAACUGUAUAUAGAUUGGUUUUGUAUGAAUAUAGGUGUAACUGUGUAAAUGAGAGCCAAAAAAAAAAAAAAGCUAUAGAGAAUAAUUUGUAAUUCUUAGGUAAAAAGAGGGAUAGUGCAGCUGUAGUGGUUUCUUGGUUCAGCUGCGGUUUUGAGGUGCUUCUGGAAUCAUUAUAACCAUCUGUACAAAUAGAAAUGUUUCAUAUUUUCUUCAAUGUAAAACUAUUCUUAUCCCCCUUUUCA